CGCACAGCCUCUAGUAUAAGAGCCAUGCUUCAACAUGAAGGCUCAGUUUUCUGUUAGGACGCCACUGGGGUUUGGACUUAUACGGGGAUUGUGUUUGUGAUGAAUAAGACGAGAUAAUCAUUGACCGGCCUUCUUUGUUUGCACUGCCUGUCAACAACUGCAUGUAAGUUUUUCAGCCCACUCAUAAGCAGGCACCCAGUCAUGUAGAGAGCAGCGCGUGGAGGACACCCAGAUCACUUUCAGCACUUUCUACACAAAGAGACACCCCACCACUCUUCGGGCUGGACUGCACGGUGACAGCAGCCCGCCCCCCGCGUCCCCCAGCCAUGUCGUCACGCAUUGGCCUGCGCCUGCAGCUCAUGCGGGACCAAAUGCAGCAGGAGGAGCAGCGGGAGCGGCAGCAGCAACAGGCAGCAUCCAUGCAUUACAUGCAGCAUCACAUGCCAGGCCCACCAGCACCUUCGCCAGCCAUCAGCGCACCAACACACUUUCAGUCACCCAUGCAGGUGCCUGUUGAAGUGUUAAAGGUGCAGACCCAUCUUGAGAACCCUACAGACUACCAUAUUCGACAGUCUCAGCGGCAGCAGGUCAAGGAGUACCUGUCCACCACAUACGCCAGCAAGCAGGCUGUACAUGCGGUCACAAGCUUGGUACAGCCCUCUCCUCCCACCAUGCCCCAGGGUCAGACAGGAACCGUCCCACCAUCCAUGCCCUCUCCCUGCAUGCGCACUGAGCAGCUCAUGACCUCUGCUGGGAACAGCGCACCCAACAGUCCCAUGUCCAUGCUCAACAUCGGCUCCAGCCAUGAGAAUGAGAUGGAUGAGGUUAUUGAUGACAUCAUCAGCCUGCAGUCCAGUUAUGAUGACAUCCAGGCUUAUAUUGACCCCGUGGUCCAGAUGCCAAACACACUUCCACUGUCCAGCAGCCAUUUGGAUGUGUACAUGGGGCCAGGUAUGUCCGGAUCAGCUAUCGCGAUGACCAGCAACUCCUGCCCUGCCAACCUGGCCAUCAAGAGAGAGCUGUCAGAUGCUGAAGCUCGUGCAGUGGCUAAAGAGAGGCAGAAGAAAGACAACCAUAACCUGAUUGAAAAGAGGAGAAGGUUUAACAUCAAUGAUCGAAUUAAGGAGCUGGGCACCAUGAUCCCCAAAGCCAAUGACCUGGAUGUGCGCUGGAAUAAAGGCACUAUUCUAAGGGCCUCUGUGGAGUAUAUUAAACGCAUGCAGAAGGACAUCCAGAGAACCAGAGAUGUGGAGAACAACUUCAGGAGGAUGGAGAUGGCCAACAAACAGAUGUGGCUCCGUAUUCAGGAGCUUGAGAGGCAGGCCCAGAUGCACGGCCUUCCCAGCAGCUCUCCAUCCGGUCUGAACAACACUGAGCUUCUAAACCACUUCAUCAAGCAGGAGAACAGCCCUGAGGAGAACCACCUCUCACACCAGCCCCAUCUCCCUCCUCACUACCCCCAGCAUCAGCAGCACCAGGGUCAGCCGCAGCCCCAGUCCCACACUCAGCUCCACCAGCACCAGCACCUUCACCCCCAGCCCCCAUUGCAGUACCCGUCCGUGGGCAGCUCCCAGCACUUUGACUAUGCCCAGUCGCUGGACUUGUGCGAUGGCGGCAUCCCAGGAUAUCAAGAUGGCAUGGGGGGCAUUGGGGAUCUCGGCUCGUUGGGCGGAGGUAUCACACCCAUGGGAAAGAAGAGCGAUCUGGGCUUCUUGCUGAUGGAAGAGGCCCUGUCGCCGCUGGGGGUCGACCCGCUGCUGUCCACCAUGUCCCCCGAAGCUUCUGUGGACAGCAGCCGCCGUAGCAGCUUCAACAUUGAGGACUCAGACAUACUGUGACCUGGACAGCCUUGGGUGUCGCUGCACGACGUGCAUAUGAUGCGACAUGUACACACGCACACACACACACACACACACACACACACACAGAUGUUGCAUUUAGUCUGGCACACUGUUAACGGGGAAAGGUACGAUAUUGAUGCACCCUGCCACACUGAAAUGAGAGUUUAGCUACUUUUUUAUCUUUUAAAUCUGACAUGCGAAACAAGAAACAUGGUUUUAGUGAAAUCAUGCAACAGUUUUGUUCCACAACUGUCACAGAAAUGAAAAUAUGUAUAUGUUGAUAAAUGCAAUAUAGACUAACCGAACAAACAGAACUGAGAUGCGUGAAUUCUAUCACCGAGAAUUGGCAUAUAUUGAAUGUUUUGUAUAAAAAAAAAUGUCCUUAGACACAUACAGAUUGCCAUAAAGCCAUAGUUCACCCAAAAAUGAACAUUUUGUCAAUUUUCUCAGCCUCAUGUUCUUACAAACCUAUAUGAAUUUAUUUCUUCUG